CAGUCGCAAGGGAGACCAGGGAGAAGCAGAACUGAGGCACUUUGCGACAGUGACAGUAGUGUGUGAAGAUGCUGUAUCCAGCCUGGGUGGUGGCUCUGGCCGUGCUGUGCGCGUGUGGUGCUGAGGUCAGCGCUCAGUGCUGGGAGGAUUCACGCUGCAGAGACUUCAGCUCAGAGGAGGACCUCGUGGAAUGCAUCCAGCUGUGCAAGUCUGAGCUGACGGCGGAGCGGCUCACUGAUGCCUCCACAGAAACGCAGGGGGAGGGAGGCGGGCUGAGCGUCCUCCUGCCCGCCCUUUCCGCCGCGGAGGAGGCGCCCGAGGGGGCGGCGGAGGGGCGGGAGCCCCAGCGUGAGGACAAGCGCUCCUACUCCAUGGAGCACUUCCGCUGGGGCAAGCCGGUCGGCCGCAAGCGCCGGCCCAUCAAGGUCUUCCCCAGCGGCAUGGAGGAGGAGUCGGCCGAGGCCUACCCCGCCGAGAUGAGGCGGGAGCUCCUGGGUGACGCGGACUACCUGCUGGAGGACGGCGAGGUCCCCGAGGACCGCCCGCAGCUCACGCUGCAGGCCAAGAAGGACGGCGCCUACAAGAUGAGCCACUUCCGCUGGAGCGGGCCACCCGCCAGCAAGCGCUAUGGCGGCUUCAUGAAGUCCUGGGGUGAACGCAGCCAGAAGCCCCUGCUCACACUCCUGAAAAACGUCAUCAUCAAGGACGGCCAGCAAAAGAAAUCCCAGUGA